AUGGUGAUGAUGGAUCAGUACCUUCCAAACGCAGUUGGUCAUCCCCAAGGUUACAUUGGCAAUGCUCAAGAUCUAGCGGAUGCACCAUCCAUAUCCUAUGGCUCUGAUCGGUUUGAAGCAAAUGGAGAGAGAGCUAGGUUUAGGGCGGAACCAGAGAUCCUGGGUUCAACUCUAGGAGUCAGUACUGGGUUCAACUCUAGGAGUCAGUACCCUGGUGGGACAGCUUCACGGUUCUACUGA